AUGCCACGUUCCUUCGGGUCACCGUCCUCCCCCCCUCCCCAGUCUCCCCCAGCUUUCCAACCCCAGACGAGGGCUGUCACGCUGGGUACGGAGAGAUCGACAGACAAGAAGUUCGACCGCGCCAUCUGA